ACUUUCGUACAGUAUAUAGUCUUCAUAUAUAUGAUAAAAAAGGAAGAGAAGAAAGCAAAGUGGUGAAAGAGAGAGAGAUGGAGAGAGAGAACCAAAACGGUGCGUAUGUUGGAAGAGGAGUUAUGACGGAGGAGCAAAUGGAGACUCUCCGUAAGCAGAUCGCCGUAUACUCCGUUAUCUGUGAACAGCUCGCUCUCCUCCACAACUCUCUCUCUUCUUUCCAUCCUCUCUCCUCAGGAAUAAAUCCGAACGGUGAUGGAUACUUUAAUCCGAUGGUGGCAUCAUCAAGCGCUCAGAGGAUAUCGACUAGGAACCGAUGGACUCCGACGUCCACGCAGCUUCAAAUACUUGAGAGCAUUUACGAGGAAAAAAGCGGAACACCGAACCGACGUAGGAUCAGAGAGAUCGCAGCGGAACUGUCUGAACACGGACAGAUCACGGAGACAAAUGUUUACAACUGGUUUCAGAACCGGCGUGCUCGGUCCAAACGUAAGCAACCUCAGACGAUUGCAACGACUGAUCAGGCUGAAGAUGCGGCGGUGACGACCGAUGAGAAGAGGAGUUGUGGAGAUUCUGGAGGGUUUGAGUCUUACGAGCAUAUACUCUUCCCGAGUCCUGACUUAGGGAUUGAGCAUUUGUUGAGUAGAGGGGAGCUUUCUGGAGACUUCAAUUCGUAUACUAUAGACUGACAUAAAAUACAAAGAAUGAAGAAAAUCUCUAGUCUCUACUCUCUCUCUUCUCCAUGUUUCUAUAAGACUAAGCAAUACAUUUCGUUAUCUUAAUUAAAAUGACCUUAUUAUGUCUGUG